UAGUCAACAAUAUACCGGGUAUAGGUUAAAAUAUUUUAAAGAUAACGCAAAAUUAUUAUCUUGUAUAGAUAAUAAUUGACAGUGUAUUGGUUUUAUUAUUGAAUAAAAAUGUUGUGACGAUUUGCAAGUCCGGAGAUAAAGCUUCAUAAAAAGUAAGUUUUUUUAACAGCAUGUAUAUUGAUUAUUGUAAACUGUUAUGAUAGCCAGUGGUUUCAGAAAGAAUCAGGUACAGUGGGUCAAUCGGUGAGCAAUGGAUUACAAACCAGUAACACCUCAUAAAUAUGCAGCAAAGUACACGACUGCAGAAUUUCUAUUAGUUUUCAAUGAGAGUAUUAUUGUGGUACUUGGAAUCAGUUUAAUAUCUCUAGCGAUAUGGUCUUUUAUAAGAAAGAUAGCGAUAUACACUUAUUUCAUGGAGAUUAAAAUAGACCCAACAUUCUUUGCUAUACCAGCUGGCUUCUUGGGGUUGUGCAGUGUGGUAUUCGCUUUACUAUUAAGGACUAGUAGUAACUUUAAAUAUAUGUUAUGGUUUGUAGUGCUCCAGAUAAUCGCCAUCAUCUUACUUUUCACGGGAGAUAAUAUUGGGACAUACUAUAAGUUGGAUUUUAGUAAUAAAACCUUACACCUUAGCGCCACAAUUCCAAGAGAGGCGCUGAAUUUAACCCUUAUAGAAUUAUUGGCGAUUUAUGAUGUCGGAACAGUUAAUAAUCAAACUACCUUCGAUAAGAUCCAGAAAAAAUUCGGAUGCUGUGGAGUAGAUGAUCCAGCAGAGUUUAUCCAGAUACCGUGGUCAUGCUGUAUUAAGAAUGAUUGUGAGAUCUUCGGCAACUAUCCUACAGGAUGUUUACGUACCAUCCGAGAAGACGUAGCAUGGCAAACGCAUAUUACCUCGUCACUUUGCCAGUUGUUCCUUUUAAUGAUGUUCUUUAAUUUAGCUAUUGUGGGCAGUAUCUACCUAUCCAACCGAUCAAAAAGCAAAGCGAUUUUGAGGGCGGCAGGUCAAAGUGGGAACAGUUGAAUUUUAACGCUUAUGUUUUAAAAAAUGUUGAGUUUCAUAAUAUUUAGAGUAAAAUUAUUUACAAUACAUAUGACUGAUUAAUAAUUAAUACAUUUAGAAUAUAUAUAAUAACGUAGCAGCUUGUAAUAAAUUAUUUAUAAACA